ACCUGGUAAUCUGUACACAUCUUUCUGCUUUUCACCCCUGUGCACUAUUCACUGCAUUUGCUUGCAUGAAAGGAGAUGGAAUACAGGCGUGGUCAUGCCCCAAUUUAGGCACCUGCAAGGCCAUUCUCAUGUGACUCGACCAUCCUCUUCGCUCUUGCGUGAGAACCCUCUGUGCGAUUUCUCAGGCUGAGGUAUCCAACUUGAGACUUCAAACGAGCGACAAGCAACCAGCCAGCGCAGAAGGGAAGAGCAAAGCAACUUUCAAGGAUGGAUUCGGACUCGGAUUUCUACGGUAACGAAGAGGCGAUCUCGGCUCUUGAGGCCCGUGUUGACGACUUCGAUAUUGUGGCUUGGUGGGACGCCCAGAAUGACAUGGCAAGCUACUUCCACAACACGACACAACCCCAAAAUGCACCACAAAUCGUUGCACCCCUUAAUAACGCAUACCAAGGCCAACCUGGGGCAUGGCAACUCUCCGAAUCCAUCGAGCACUUCCUUGCCCGUCUACCGCCCGCCACAACCGACUGGAGCCCUGGGCUCGACUGGAUCUGGAUCGCCAACCCAUAUAUCCCGCCGGGCCCGAGUUCUGCCCUAGCCCAGUUUCGUGAAGGCGGCGCGGAACGACUCAAACUCCUUGACAAUUUCGCAAAGAUGGCCACCGUGGGCGCGGCGAAGGCAAGUGGUAAGCCACUCAAUAUGCUCAGGGAGGACCUGGCCAAAGAGCGGAGGGAGACCGUGGAAGACCUGCGGGAGCUCGCAGUGGCCUGUAAUGUCGUCGGAGGGAAGUGGAUGCUGUUUCCUGACCCGGGUUAUGUGAAUGAUGUCUGGGCGAAGGUCGCACGGGCCACAGCAAACAACGAGCUCGGGAUUGCGGCUAAGGUAGCGACGAGGGUAGAGACCGGGAAGGCGAGGUUGAUCUGCGUCUAUACGCGGGAUUUCAGGGACAAAGAUGACGUGGCGCGAGUGCUGAAUAGGAUGAGGGAACUGGAGUUAAUACGGCCCGGCGGAAGACAGAUCUACUACAAGUCCGAUGCUUGGACUGAACUGGGAAUCUAUGGGGGGAAUAACUGGGGCAUUCAGGCAUCGAUAUACUCCUCCAACGAAAUAUUCUCGUACAUCAAGAGCGUUGCCCCCGGGCGAUCAUCAGCACCCUAGACACAGAGCUGCAGACUGCCUCAUUGCCGUCAGCUGAUGUGUACUCUUCAUAUCACAUGGCAUUGAUGUCCUGCACUCGGAGACCCCGGGCACUGCGUGGAGCUAUCUCUCGAGAGGAUAUACCUUCUAGCCAUUGUGCAUGUCGUAAUACAACACCUUCUAGUCAUGGGCG